UACUACGCCCUUAUUAUUCAUCAUUUCACACACUUUAUGAGAAAUUGUGCGCAGUAAUUGUUGGUAGUGAACACACCUCCAUUUGCCGGCAUGAGCCGGAAGUGCACCGGUGAACUCUCCCCGGAGGAGGGGAUGGAGGUGGACUGUCAGCCAGAGGAUCUGCCCAUGUCCUCCUAUGACGAGCGCUGUGUUGAGCAUGGUGUUAAAGACAUGAGGCUGGAGGCUGAAGCUAUAGUCACCGACGUCCUCUUUGCAGUAAGCAACAUGUUCGUGUCUAAAACUCUCACCAACGGCCUGGAUUUGGCUUUUAUCAACGUGGAGACGAGAGAAGGAAAGCGCUACUGCUUAGAGCUCAGUGAAGGAGGUCUCAGGGUGGUGGGACACACCUUUGAUCAGGUGGACGCAGGUCUGAGCACUCAGUAUCAUGAGACUGUUUACUCGCUCCUGGACUCUCUGAGCCCAGGGUACAGAGAAGCAUUUGGAAAUGCCCUGCUCCAGCGUCUCGAGAGGCUCAAACCAAAUGGACAGUGAAGAGUUCAACCCGCACCCGGGAGCUGCUUCCAAACAUCUUUGCAAGCUAGUGGUCACGCUGCAGUUCUGUGCAACAGUCAGCUUAAAGCAUCAGUGGCACCCUUUCCAAUCCGAAACACCUUACUGGCUUAUUUUAGUUAUGCUCUAGAUUUUACAAAGACUUCUUGGUCAGAUUCUAGUUAGCUUCACAGUUAGUGGCAAUGUUUUUAUUGUGUUUUAUGGUAUGGGGAAAAAAACAGAGGGUGCUGUAUGAUUCUGAGUGUAGGGUCUACAAAAUACUGAAAGUACUUUUGCACAUGCACAUGACCAACUAAUAACAAAAUUUGUUAAUCACUUGGUCAGCCAAUAUUGUGACUAGAAACAAAAGCCAGCUCUCUGCUGUUUUACCAUGUAAAGCUUUACUAUUUUGACUAAACUGGACCUGAAACGCUGCUUGUUUUUUUAAAAACUUGUUGGUUUCUAUGAUGCCUUAUUGUGAUGGUCUGGAAUGUUCUGUCCAAUGUGAAAUUUCCUUACAAUACACUUUUAGUUUGGAAAUGUGUCUCAUCUUGUGUAUCUGUUUUCCUUUCACUUUGCAGAAGUGAUUUUGCUUUACUGUAUUGCUUUCUGUAGCUACAGUUGUAUUAGAAAGGUUGUGGUUUGUCCAGACAUGGUGUUACUUUACCAAGUGUAAUGUGUUAUUCAUUUAAAGACACAAUCUUAUCCAUUUAAUGUUUUGGCUCUAAAACAGACAAAAGAAUAUAAUAUAAACUGUCCACUUGAAUGUUAGUGGGAUGCAAAGGAUUGAUUGCCAGUUGAAAUUAGACUGAAAUUUUGUGUUUUCUUUGUCAGCAGACUCUUAAAAUGUUUUUUUUUUAAUGAGUUUAAGGUUAUAAACUGCACAAAGACCUUAAAUUAUGACUUUCUUCUACCUGUGUUGCAUAAAAUCACGGUAAAGGAAACAGCAGUCAUUAUACAUGGCACAUGGCAUUUGAAAGGGCUACUAAAGAUGAAAGGAAACAGUCCCUUAAUUUUUUAUAGUUUGAGGGUGCGGUACUGUGUGUGUGUUGAUGAGUCAGUCAGCUGAAGAAUUUUCAUGUUUUUGAAGAAGCCUGUUGAAAUUCAACUUCUGUCUUAUUGGAUGUAGUCUUUUGGCAUGAAGCAGCCGUUGCUGCUUCGUGGAAGGCCAAUCAUCAGGAUUGCACUUUUCAUUAGUGCACAUUUCUGUGAAACCAAAUAAGUCUGGAACCUCCAACACAUUGAAUUAGUGUUGGAGUUUAUUCCCAAACCUUAGACAAAUAUAAUGUGUGUGUAAGACACUGGACUGACAAAAGUGAUACUCUCUCAAUUUAAUAAAAGCACACAUAAUGAAUUACUUUGAUGUUAUGUGUCUGUUAGUGCAUUUGGAUUUUAUUUCAAGAAGAAAAUUCAUAAUCACCACAUGUACAAAAUUUACUAAUUAUUAGUGAUGGAAGAUUGCAGCACAGAGUGACAACAAACACACCUGCAGUCAUGGCACAAUUUUGGUCAAACAUUGCUUAGUUAAAAAAGUUCUUUAUUUCAGACAGACACAUUUGUGAAGUAUUUGUGAUAACUACAAUAUUAAAAAUUACACACUUUAGAAUAGAGUAUUUGGAUUACCAUUGGGUAGCCACACAGCAGCCAGGAAAAUGCAUUUAGAUGGUCUUUUGAUCAUUAACAUUGAUUACUUAAAACAUUGUGAGUUAAUCACUGAGACAAUAAUAAUUAUAAUAAAUCAGAGUAAAUAUUUCCUUAAAGUUUAAAAUGAUUGUUAAUUAAUAAUUAGAAAAAACUAACUAUAAAACAGAUUUUAUAUAAUUUCUAAAAAAAAAAAAGAAAAAAAAAAAAAAUUAAAGCAAGUUCAUAAAAAAAA